AUGGUGCAAUCACGCCCGGCGGUGGAAGGAACAGCAGGCUCAGCGUCGGCAUAUGCAGCUCCAACUGCUGUUGCGGUGCGCUAUGUGCCGCGCAGUUGGACCUACGCACAGACGAUGAUUCAGCACCGACGAGAGCGACUGGCGAACGGCGACCUCGACCGGCGCCCGCAGCAGCAGCAGCAACAAAACACGAAUGGUGAGAGGAGUUCUAUCGAGCAGCACCCGUCUGCCUCCGCCAGGCUUGUGCCGCCGCCCACGUGUAAGGAAUUCAUCGGCACCAUUGUUCGUGACGUGGUAGACUCCGUGAUGCAGGCGCCUUGUCUUGAGCGGUUGACGUCCCUGCAGGCCGCCGACGGCUCCUUCCCGCUCAACGCGAUACUCGGUGUUAGCGUUGGCGUUCCGCUGGAGCAGCUCGAGCGUGGGGUUCCCCUCACCGGCUUCGGCGUCAGCGAGGACCUCACCGCGGCGCGGGUGUACCUGUCGAAUCACGAGCGCGUGUGGGCCACCGCCGUGGCGGCAGCAGCCAUGGAGCGCUGCCCCCACGCUAUUACUGCACUCGCAUACAAGAAGGCGCUUGUGUACACGGCAGGGCAUGACGCGGAGGGAGAAUUGCUUCAACGUGCGCGCGAUCUCUUCGUGAGGUUGCCCUCGCUCUCACACUGA